UAAACGUGGAGAGAAAUCAUUCUUAUGGUAACCCCGAAACUGCUCUGCUGAUUUUGUCUUACACAGACUUAUAAACAAACCUGCAGGACCAAAUUUAUGUCCUUUUCUCAUACUUAUGUAGUAUUUAUAUAUUUUUAUCUCAAGUAAUUUCAGUAUCAUCUGCUUAGCUUUAACUACAAACUACAUAGUAGAGAUGAAAUUUGCCUCACUACUUGUUCCCAUUUGCUUGUGCCUCGCUUGGCUCUCCUUCCAGCUGACAGUGGCUGUUGAUCCGACUGUCGGCUUCACCUCUCUGCCUCUUGAUCAAUCCAACUUCGAUAUUCAGAGGCCUUACAAUGUACCUGUCAAUAAACGAUACAGCUUCAUUAACGGAGUUCACAGAAUGUGGGUGUACAAAUCCGAUAAACCUCAUUCACCUGAUAGCCAUACUCAUCCACGUACUGAAAUCCGCAUCAAGGGUUAUGAUUUCUCUUCUGGUGUUUGGCAAUUCGAAGCAUACGGAUACGUCCCGAAAGUAACAUCAGGCGCAAGCAUUAUGCAGAUCUUUGGCGGGAGCCCUAGCGCAACUACUCUGAUGCUUAGAAUAUACAAAGGCGCACUUGCAUAUUACCGCAACCCUGUCCUUGUCCGCAACAUUUACAGCAGAUGGUUCCGACUAAACGUGAUCUACGACGUCGAUGCUAACAAAGUGCAGGUUUACAUUGACGGGCACCUCAAAUUUGAAACAACUGGCAGAGGAGGAACAUCUCAUUUCUUCAAAUGUGGAGUGUAUGCUCAGGACCGCGAUUCUCAUUAUAUGGAGUCCCGUUGGAAGAACAUUAAAGUUCUCAGGAAAGACUAAACUGUAAAAGGGUCAAUCAAAUGUAAUGGUAGAAUCACAGUGUGUGUUAAAUGAAAUGAUAGCGAGGUAGAGUUUAUAUUUAAUCAAUUUGGAGCAGAAUUAGCAUCAUUGUAAUGGUUAUGAACACGUGUAUCUUAAUAUUUCCUCCAGGUAUCCUUAAGAUGCCUUUUUGAUUUGUUAUGCUAAAAUGUAGUAUUUUGUUUCGUUUGUUUA